UUGUGUCAGUCCGUCGCCGUCGUAGUCGUCACUUGCUUUUUUUAACUUGCAUUGAUACCACGGCCGAAGCGAGCAAAAAACAUAUAAAUUAAAUACACUUAAAAAUGGCCAGCCAAACGCAGGGAAUCCAACAAUUGCUUGCUGCCGAAAAGAAAGCAGCUGAGAAGGUUGCCGAGGCCAGAAAACGCAAGGCAAGGAGAUUGAAGCAAGCCAAGGAUGAGGCCACCGAGGAGAUUGAGAAAUUCCGUCAGGAGCGUGAGCGUGCAUUCAAAGAGUUCGAGGCCAAGCACAUGGGCAGCCGCGAAGGUGUUGCUGCGAAAAUCGAUGCUGAUACUCGUGUGAAGCUAUCCGACAUGGAGGGCGCAAUCCGGACACGCAAGGAGCCCGUCAUCCAGGAGAUCCUGCAGUUCGUGUACAACAUCUCACCCGAGGUCCACAAGAACUACAACAGGAAGUAAAGUGCCGUUGUUGUUGUUGUUUUUGGGGGCGUUGGCCACAUCCAAAAAAUAUACAUAUAUGCUCGUUUCUAUUGUAAAUUCGAUGUCCAAGUUCAACUCUUUUAAUGCAUAAUUUAGCCCCUUAAUAAUAGUGCAUACUAUAUUAAACACAGCUGUAUUAUUAUUCCAUAUAUUAAAAAUUUGUUGUUUCACCAAGAGCGAAAAAUCUCGGUGCACUUAAAAAUUAAAUUUUUUGUGUUUAAGACGCUGAUUGUUUUCCUGAACUUAUGUUUCUUAUUUUGUUAAUGUUUUAUUCCGUAUAAAUACAAGUUAUUAUUUUUCUUGAA